AUCGGGACGUGGAGAGCAAGCGACAACACGGUAUGGCCUAGAGACCUGCUCCCGGAAAGAAUUCCGAACAUACGGGUUCUAUCCUUUCACUACAAUACCACCAUUCAGGGCACAACAAGCAGAGCCAAAAUUACCGACCACGCAGUUCAGUUGCUCGAUGCCUUAUUUCUGGACCGCAAGACAGACGUUGAAGUUGAAACUAGGCCCAUCAUCUUUGUCGGCCACAGCUUGGGCGGCAUGCUCAUCAAAAAGGUAUACGCAGGCUUGUGGGACGCAACCCGUGGAGUUAUGUUCUUCGCAACUCCACAUCACGGCAUGAGCAGUCUGUCGUGGAGAAACUUCGCAUCGGCCGUCCUGUGCUUAAAUGCACCGUCCCCAGAUGUUCCACCGACGAAAAAGAUGCUAAACGACCUCGCGCUCAACACCGACACUCUUCUGAGCCUGACUGAUGACUUCCGGCCCUUGCAGCAGGAACUUGCGUUUGCAAAUUAUUAUGAAGGCACCAAGAUGAAAGGGCCAGGCCGUGUCUUGGUAGACAAGAGUCACGGAUGGAUGGAUGCCCCAAAGAAACGGGAAAUGCUAAUGGAAGGCGAUCACAUUGGGAUAUGCAGGUUUAGGAAACACAGAAAUUAUAAGAGCGCCUUUGGUAUAGUAUCGGGACAUAUGAAAUUCUUGAUUGAGCAAUCGCCCAAAGCAAUUGACCAGAUCGACAGGGACGCGAGGAUGGCGCUACACUCACUAUGUCCCACCGGGUUCCAUGGGUAUUUCAUGGCCAAGAAGCCCACCGAGGGAACUUGUGAGUGGAUUAGCGAACGGCACGAGUUCCAAGAAUGGCUGGGAGACGAGAACGACAAGCAGAUGCUGUGGAUCCAAGGGCCACCAGCGUGCGGUAAAACCUACCUUGCGAGGCACAUAAUCACCGAGCUCGCCCCCGCGGCGAACAAGGAGGUUUCACAUUGCUUCCUGAGCGAUCUGGUCCCAGGACGCGGGAACAUUGCGUCGCUGCUGCGAGCUACACUACACCAUGCAUUGCGGCGCGAACCCACACUGACCACCGAAUUCCUCGUCCCGCCCUUUCUCGAGGCAACCAAAAGCAAGACAGCCCAAGUUGGUGAUAAUGAGAUUUGGACGCGAGAGAGACUCAUAUCCAUGUGGCCCGAGGCUGUGGCUAAGGUCUUGUCCUGCCGUCCAUUGACCCUUGUCGUUGAUGGAUUCGACCAGAUGGACACGGGCUGCCAGCAAGAUUUUCUUGACUGCCUUGCCAUCUGCAGGACCAAGACUGCCCCAGACGACAUAAAGCGGCUGCGGUUACUUCUACUCUCAUCGUACAAGGACGAAGAGGAGAAGCCAGCACUGGUAGGGCAAGCAGACUUUCAGGUCUACGAAAUCACCCCCGAGGACACCUUACCGGACAUGGUCAAAACCGUCAUGGAAAAACUGGGCACGAGCCAUGAAAAGCCGGAUGGUGAGAAUAAGUCGGAAGUCGAAGCAGUAAGAAAAGAAAUCUGCGAGGCCGUCCUACAACAUUCCGAAGGCUCGUACCUACAGGCCGCCAAGGCGACAGACGUGCUGACGAGGGAUCACAAGACCAACAAUGUGGACGUUGCCCGAAACCACCUCGAGCACGUAUCACGGGAUUAUGUGGCUUUCUACAGGCAGAUUCUAAAUGAGAUGCUCGGAAAAGGCGUGAGCCCAAUCCUCCUCAAGCACGUCCUGCGGUGGGCUGUUUUCCAGCUAGAAGAGCUGAGGGAGCCCGAGAUUUACAUUGCUGUGGCCGUAGGCAUGGCGAUAGACCAGAGCCCAGGACAACGUAUCACCGCCCGGAAGCUAGAAAAACUGCAACCAGAGGAGAUUAAAACUGCUGUACAUACCCACUGUCAACAAGUCGUUGAGCUUGGCGAGGGGAACCUCCAGGUCACUCACUGGGGUGUCAGGGAAUGCCUGACGACAAGACACGGCGAACUACUCGACCCGGGGCUGGCUUAUAUGGGAGAGCGGCCAUCUCACGCAGCCCUCGCCAGUAUUUGCAUUGCCUACCUGACGCUACCAUACUUUGGGCGUGCCGGCAGCCCGCCCGAAGGUGAAAGACAGGACCUGUGGAAAUCGAAAGUUCGCCGGCGGAUCAGGGACUACCCAUUCGUCCGGUAUGCCUCCCUUAAUUGGUUCAAACACCUCAAUGUUGCCGAAGGAUCCCCGCUACAGGAAAGUUAUCAGCAGGUACACGAGGAUCAAGAACUGCUGCAAGACAGCUCGACGGAAUAUGCGAAAUGCUGGACCGAGGUCUGGUGGUUCCUAACCAAGGGCGUCGGAGGAGACUUUCCAGAGCAAUGUCCUGUGGAUUUGGUCGUACAGGCCUGUUGCUGCCCACCUCGCACAGAAUCCAUCUCAUCGCGUGCGACUACACCAGACCCGUUAUCCCGCUUAGACUUGAAAAAGGAGGGGGAAAAGGCUCCUAUUGAGCAAGUCCGUUUGAAGCAGCUCGGGGCCGACGGGUCUGACGAGUCCGACAAAUCCACGUCCGCAGAGGAAGUCGAGCCUACAGAUAUUGAGUCUGUAGAUAUCAAGUCUGAGCAAGUCACCUCUGAAGCCGCAUCCAUGGAAGACGACGACGACUUUGCGGGCGCCGAAUUAACGGGAGAUAUAUCGGAAGAAGCCAAGUUUAGAAAAGCCGAUUCUGCGGAAACCGAGCCUGAAGGAACCAUAUCUACGGGAGACAAUUCUGAGGCCGUAUCAAUGGAAGACAAUGACAAGUUCGCGGGCGCCAAAUCUAUUAGAGGUAUAUCAGAAGAGGCCAAAUUUAUGAAAACCGGCUCUGCGGAAACCAUGUCUACCGGAUCUAUGGAAGAUGACGACGACGAGUCUACAGGGGUCGAACCUACCGAAGCUAAAUCCGCGGCCGCCGCAUCUCCCGGGGCCGGUUCUGAAAAAGAAGCCGAGCCUAUGCAAGACGAGUCUGUGGAAGUCAAUCGCGAGCAAGCGGAAGCCGAAAUGAGCGAGAACGCCCACAGGAAGAUGCUCACGACACCCGCCCAAACUCUAGCAGGGGGGGACGCCCUAAUUCAACCCUACCAGCGACUCGAGCCAAGGCCAAGCGAAAUCAUGUCCGCCGUGGUGGCUGAGCAAGCCCGAGGCCAGCACCUUGGGAGUCACCAAGUGGUUGAUGGAAGCAAUGCCGGAGACGACCUCAGUCAAGAAAGGAAAGAGGGUCGUGAGAUGAACAUAAAUGGUGGGACGGCAGGAGAAACCUCACCGGCCGCCGGGAAAGUGAAACCCCGGGGCCUCGCCCGUCUAGUUGCUCGAGUCAAGAAACUGGUUGGCGGCCGAGGUGAAAGAGAAAAAUAACAAUAGGGGUCAUAAUAGGGGUACACCCGAUAACUGUCGCCAACGGGGAUGGGUCGUGGUUUGCUGCCUGCCUAUCUACCCAACCGACUC